UAUUAUCCUACUACUCUUCUGGGGAUUUGUAUUGCAGGUUGGAAUAAUCUAUUCUUGUUUAUUCCCUUCUUCAUUCAGUCACAAAAUCAUAGUGCGUUUUCUGAUACUUUAGUGGAUGGGUUGUUGCCAUGCAUAACUUUUGGCAGUAUAUAUACUGUAUGGUUUGCUUCACUCUACUACCUAAUAACUAACUUCCCACUUGUUCCUCCCUCCCAUAAUGUCUUCUAAUAAAUACUGUCAUUGAAGUUUCCAUUGUAGAAUAUUUACUAUAAAAACUUGUAGUUAGUGCCUUAGUGGAGUGCAGCAAAGAAUCAGUUCAUUUGGUAAAGGAAGAAUAUAUAUAGUAAACAAGAGAAGAAAAAGGCUGUCUUGCUGACAAACAGUCCACUGUACCAUGGCUGCCACUAAAACAUAUUCUCUUGCUUUUUGUACUCCAUGAUACUAAUAUAAAAAAUAUAAAGUCUAGUAGUACUAUGUUAAUACAACUUCUAUAUAAAUAAAACUAGAGUGGCUCCAAAGUUCUUGAUUGGCGCUUUUCCUAACAGACCGAUAGACUUGAACCUUUUUCUUCUGGACUCUGAAAUUAAUCAUCUUCAAGUUCCAGACAGCAAUGUCAUCCUUUGUGAUUGUCUUUUUGAUCCUGUCUAUGCUACUAAACACAGGGGUUGGUGUCAACUUCACCGAUGUUUUCGAGUCCAGCUGGGCACCAGACCAUAUUGCUGUUGUAGGAGACCAAGUUACUCUCUCCCUUGACAGUGCUUCUGGCUGCGGAUUUGAGUCGAAGUUCAAAUAUUUGUUUGGGAAAGCCAGCGCAAAGAUCAAACUAGUUGAAGGAGAUUCAGCUGGAACAGUUAUUGCAUUUUAUAUGUCAUCAGAAGGAGCUAAUCACGAUGAACUGGACUUUGAAUUUCUUGGGAAUGUUUCAGGGGAACCAUACCUAGUACAAACAAAUGUCUACGUGAAUGGCACCGGAGAUCGAGAGCAGAGGCAUGGUUUGUGGUUCGACCCAACAGUGGACUUCCACACUUACUCUUUCUUUUGGAAUCAUCAUUCUAUCAUCUUUUCAGUUGAUGAUAUUCCAAUUAGAGUGUUCAAAAACAAGGAGAAGAAAGGCGUUCCAUACCCGAAAAAUCAAGGCAUGGGAAUCUAUGGAUCAUUGUGGAAUGCAGAUGACUGGGCUACACAAGGAGGGAGAGUGAAGACAAACUGGAGCCAUUCUCCAUUUGUUACAACAUUUCGAUCGUUUGUGAUCGAUGCUUGUGAUUUGUCUGGUGAGGACACAAUUACUGCAGGUGCAAAAUGUGGCAAGUUAGCACAAUUUUUGUGGGAUAAGCCAGCCAAGAAGGGACUGGAAAAGACCAAAAAACGCCAAUUCAAAAUGGUUCAAAAUAAGUACUUGGUGUAUGAUUAUUGUAAGGAUACUGCAAGAUUCACUCAAAUGCCUAAAGAGUGCUUGUAUUAGAGAGACCAACACACUAUUCUAGCAAUGUCAAUGUAUCAAUAUGUUUCUAUCUCGCAAUAUUGUAGCUUUUUAAGAUGUUUAUCCAAUUUGCUAAUCAAAAAUUAUCUUGUUUGGCUU